UUGAGAACGAACCAUUGCAGUUGGGAGAGGGAGGUGAAUUCUCGUAUUAGACCAUUAGAAAGGGGGAGAGUCCCAUGUAGAUGAUUUUAUAGCGCAUUUAAACUUGAACAAAAAGACUUAAAGUGCCAUUUGAGAGCAAUCGGGUGAUUUCCCUUCUGUGUGCUCCCCCACAGAGGCUCAUGGUGCUGACUCCAGCUAGGCCGGGCGCCGCGGACGGGAGCUGACGAGAGUCAAGUUCAGUCAUGCAGGUUGUAAGAAACACCGCGUCGUGGCUCCUGCGGUCUUGGGCUGGACCUGGGAUGACCAGGUUUGUGGCCGUUGCCCCAGCUCAGACUAUCCACACCGGAGCCCCGAGGUUAGAAGACCAGGCUGCCCAGCAGAAGAUUCAGAAGGAAGCGGCUCCGAGCCCCUUCAGCAUUUACCCUCCAGCUCCAGGACAGGAAAGCUCUCUGCGGUGGGCAGGGAUGAGAUUUGAGGAGGUCCCAAUUGCACACAUUAAAGCAACCCACAACAACACACAGAUCCAGGUGGUGUCUGCCACUAAUGUGCCCCUGGCCCGUACCUCCUGUGGCACAGAAGGCUUUCGAAAUGCCAAGAAGGGCACGGGCAUCGCAGCCCAGACGGCAGGCAUCGCCGCGGCAGCAAAAGCCAAGGGAAAGGGAGUGACCCACAUCAGAGUUGUAGUGAAAGGCUUGGGACCAGGACGCUGGUCUGCCAUCAAAGGACUGACCAUGGGGGGUCUGGAAGUGAUCUCAGUCACAGACAACACUCCUGUCCCACACAAUGGCUGCCGGCCCCGGAAGGCUCGAAGGCUGUGAUGGGAAGGAACCCUGCACUGGAAGCUGACCUAAAGUCUCCACUCCAAGUGGAUCCUGCAAAAGCCCCUGUGGGAGCUGCUGGAGCUGCCGCUCUCAAGCCCUCCGGAGGGGAGUGUUGCUCCUGCUUGCACCUGGAGCUGCAAGUGCCCCGGAGGGUCUCCUCUCACGGACAUGAGGGGGUGGGCACUAAAGGACAGCUGUGGCUGUGCUCUGACAAUAAAAGACUGUCCUGUGUAGUA